AUGUACAACGUACCACCACCAUACAACUACUGCCAACGGUCACCAUGCUAUUCCGAAGGAGACGAUCGGAUAUAUAAGAAACGACGAACUGAGAUCACCGGGAAACAACGAAUUGCGGCUAAUGAACGAGAGAGAAGAAGGAUGAAUAGCAUCAAUCGUGGCUUCGAUUAUUUGCGGCAAAGAUUACCGAGCAAUACAAACGAAAAGAAACUAUCCAAGGUGGACACCUUGAGAGGCGCCAUGGAGUACAUUCGACAACUACAGGCCGUACUCGAACAACAAUUACCGAAUGAUGUCAAGACCGAGCAUAAGAUUCUUAUCGAUGGUGUUGGUGAAGAAUCCUCUCUGUAUAUGGUAUCAUGGCGGCGCACGCCGGAAAAAUAUGGUGGGAUCCAUGAAACGUCUCGAGGGCCAGUUGUCUACCAGAAAGACGUCUGGGUCCCUGAUACUCACUAA